CGGAAUGCUCCUUGCCCAGUUAUCCCACUGUCUUCUUUGCAUCUGGAACACAGUAGAUGCUCAAUAAAUGCCUGUGGAAUGAUUUAUGACCCCCAGCCCAGCCUGUGGGCAGAGUCCGAAUCGCUGCUGAAACCCUCAGCCAAUGUGACGCUGACGUGCCAGGCCCGCCUGGAGACCCCAGACUUCCAGCUGUUCAAGAAUGGGGUGGCCCAGGAGCCUGUGCACCUUGACUCACCUGCCAUCGAGCACCAGUUCCUGCUGACAGGUGACACCCAGGGCCGCUACCGCUGCCGCUCAGGCUUGUCCACAGGAUGGACCCAGCUGAGCAAGCUCCUGGAGCUGACAGGGCCAAAGUCCUUGCCUGCUCCCUGGCUCUCAAUGACGCCAGUGUCCUGGAUCACCCCCGGCCUGAACACAACAGCAGUGUGCCGAGGCGGGCUGCGGGGUGUGACUUUUCUGCUGAGGCGGGAAGGCGACCAUGAGUUUCUGGAGGUGCCUGAAGCCCAGGAGGAUGUGGAGGCCACCUUUCCAGUUCAUCGGGCUGGCAACUAUAGCUGCAGCUACCGGACCCAUGGGGAAGGCGCCCUCUCUGAGCCCAGUGCUACUGUGACCAUUGAGGAGCUUGCUGCACCACCACCGCCUGUGCUGAUGCACCGUGGAGAGUCCACCCAGGUCCUGCGCCCCGGCAGCGAGGUGACCCUCACCUGCAUGGCUCCCCUGAGUGGAGUGGACUUCCAGCUGCGGCGCGGGGAGAAAGAGCUGCUGGUACCCAGGAGCAGCACCAGCCCAGACCGCAUCUUCUUUCACCUGAACCCGGUGGCCCUGGGGGAUGGAGGUCACUACACCUGCCGCUACCGGCUGCAUGACAACCAAAACAGCUGGUCCGGGGACAGUGCACCGGUCGAGCUGAUUCUGAGCGAUGAGACGCUGCCCGCACCGGAGUUCUCCUCGGAGCCGGAGUCCGGCAGGGCCUUGCGGCUGCGGUGCCUGGCGCCCCUGGAGGGCGCGCGCUUCGCCCUGGUGCGCGAGGACGGGGGCGGGCGCCGCGUGCACCGUUUCCAGAGCCCCGCUGGGACCGAGGCCCUCUUCGAGCUGCACAACAUUUCCGUGGCUGACUCCGCCAACUACAGCUGCGUCUACGUGGACCUGAAGCCGCCUUUCGCGGGCUCCGCGCCCAGCGAGCGCUUGGAGCUGCGCGUGGACGGACCCGCUCCCAGGCCUCAGCUCCGGGCAGCGUGGAGUGGGGCGGUGCCCGCGGGCCGAGACGCCGUCCUGCGCUGCGAGGGGCCCAUCCCCGACGUCACCUUCGAGCUGCUGCGCGAGGGCGAGACGGAGGCCGUGCAGACGGUCCCCACCCCCGGGGCCGCGGCGAACCUCGAGCUGGUCUUCGUGGGGCCCCAGCACGCUGGCGACUACCGGUGCCGCUACCGCUCCUGGGGGCCCAACACCUUCGAGUCGGAGCUCAGCGACCCUGUGCAGCUCCUGGUGGCAGAAAGCUGAUGCAGCCGCGGGCCCAGGGUGCUGUUGGUGUCCUCAGAAGUGCCGGGGAUUCUGGACUGGCUCCCUCCCCUCCUGUUGCAGCAGAAGGCCGGGUUCCCUGGGGGGCUGGAGAAGGCUCCCUCAUUCCUCCCAGGAAUUAAUAAAUGUGAAGAGAGGAUCUGUUUAAAAUGUCUUUGGACUCCCAGGGCUGAGUGGGCUGGGAUCUUGUGUCCUCAAAGUGGAUGGGUUCUGGGGUGGCUUCUGAGGUAGAGGAGUGGAGAACUGGCUCUUAAGAGCACAUUUCUUUUCUUUUUUCUUUUUUGAGACAGGGUCUCACACUGUCACCCAGGCUGGAGUGCAGUGGUGCAGUCCGGCUCACUGCAGUUUUGACCUCCCAGGCUCAAGCGAUCCUCCUGCCUCAGCCUCCCAAGUAGCUGGGAGCCUGGGCAUGCAUCGCCACGUCUGGCUAAUUAUUAUUUUUUGUAGAGACAGGGUCUCACUGUGUUGCCCAAGCUUGUCUUGAACUCCUGGCCUUAAGUGAUCCUCCCACCUCAGCCUCCUGAGUAGCUGGGACUACAGGCAUGAGCCACCAUGCCUGGCCAACUCACGUUUUUCUUUCUAUUAUUUAUUUUUUGUAGAGAUGACUCUCACUAUGUUGCCCAGGCUGGUCUUGAACUCUUGGGCUCAAGUGAUCCUCCCGCCUCAGCCUCCCAAAGUGUUGGGAUUACAGAUGUGAGCCACAGCACCUGGCCAACCAACACUUCUCAGGGCCUCUUUCAUCUGUGCUCUUUGAGGAUGCUGCCUCUUACUCCCUGGGCACCUUGGCCUGGUCCCAGCAGGUAUGGGCAGGUUGCUUGAGGCUCUGGACAUACCCGUCUCUACCUUGACCACAUCAACCCCAUCACCAAGAGGAGGUUCAGGGAAGCUGCAUUUUGUGGUCUGGUCCUCCCAGUCACAGGGUGGUAGUGCUGGGCUGUUCCCAGCCUCCCACAGCAGAGCUGGACGCUGUGGAAAUGGCUGGAUUCCUCUGUGGUCUUUCCCAUUGUCCCUCAGCUCUGAGUCCUCUUGUGCCAUCUGACAUCUGAUGCCUUCCCAACCCCUGCUGAGUUUCUACCUGGAGCAGGGCCUCAAGGUCCUGGCACACAGAAGAUGCGUAUCAGUAUUAUCAACUAAUAGUUGAUAAAUUGUGUUUUUCAACGAA